AUGAAAUUCUUUUUAUUAUUUUUAUUAUUUUUAGUAAAUUAUUCAUUAGCUGCUCCAUAUUGUGGAUUUCCAUCUCCAUCGAAUCAAACCACCGCUCCUUUCAGCAAACAUGUAAAAAUUGAAAGAUGCACAAAGUUUUUUGAGCAUCCAGAUUGGGAUCCAUGUACUACUUUGUUUGAAGGUGAAAUGAAAAUGGGUGAUUAUUUCUCUGAUGCUGACAAUGAUGAUAACACUUUUCAAUAUAUGGGUGAUGGCUCAGUUUGCUAUAGUGUUUAUAAAGAUUUUGGAGGUUGUAAUUUUAUCGACCCAAAGGGUGGAUGUGAAAACUAUUGUGUUUCAGAAUACAUUACCUCAAUUUACUUUGAAAAUAUUUAUGAUUACUAUAGUUGCAUCAGUAAAGUAGACAGUACAUAUUAUAUUUAUAUUGGAACUGCAAACGAAGAAAAUCCAAGCUCAUCCAAUAGAAUAAUGUAUUCUAUGUUUUCAUUGCUAUUAGUAUUCAUAGUUGGUUUAUUUAUUUAA